AUGGUGAAUGCAUUAACUGAUACUGAAGCUUUUGAUCUCUUUUGUUUGAAAGCCUUCAAUGAAGACGAGAUUGGAGAAGAUUUUCUUAAGCUAUCCAAUGAAUUUUUGAAAUAUGCUAAUGGCCUUCCAUUAGCUAUUAAAGUUUUGGGAUCAUCUGUUCGUGGUAGAAAUGUAAAGUUAAUAGUCAAGUGCAUUGAAGAGGCUUGAAAAAAAUCCUCAAAGGAUUAUUGAUGUUCUUAAAGUUAGUUAUGAUGGAUUAGAAGAAACAGAAAAGAAAACUUUUUUAGACAUUCACGUGUUUCUUUAAAGGAGUGAACAAGGAUCGUGUUAUAAGAAUACUAAAUGGUUGUGGCGAUGGUGUGGAGAUGGAUGUACAAGUUCUAAUUGAAAGAUCUUUGGUAACUCUAUUUGGAACAAAAUUGUGGAUGCACGAUUUGAUACAAGAAAUGGGUCGGGAAGUUGUUUUUCAAGAAUGCCGUGAAGAGCCUGGAAAACAAAGCAGGUUGUGGCUUCCCAAAGAUAUCAUACACGUACUUGGUCAGAGUAAGGCGACGAGUGCAGUUCAAAGCAUAUACCUCGAAUGUUCAACAGGAGACAAUGUUGUUCACUCCAUUGAUAAUGCCUUCUCAAAUAUGGACAGAUUGAGAUUGCUCAAGAUUUGGAAUUUGAAGUGUUCCGGAAACAUCAGAUAUAUUUCUAAUAAGUUACAGUAUCUUGAAUGGCAUGAGUGUCCUUUGGAUUCUUUCCCAUCAGACUUUCAACCGGAGAAACUUGUUGAAGUUCACAUGCCUUUUAGCCGCAUCAUACAACUAUGGAGGGGAACACAAGGAUGGAGCAUGCUACGGCAUUUAGAUCUGAGUGGUUCACCAUACUUGAUAUCAACUCCUGACUUCACUGAGGUUCCUUAUCUUGAAGAGUUGCUGUUUGAGAGUUGCACUGGAUUGGUGGUGGUCCACCCUUCCCUUGGAUUUCUGAAGAAACUUCGUCAUUUGGAUUUGCAAUUUUGCAAGUCUAUUGAGAGCCUUCCACCUCUCACUGCCUUGGAAUCCCUUCAAAUAUUGAAGCUUUCAUUCUGUUCCGGACUGAAGAAGUUUCCAGAAAUUGAAGGAAAUAUGAAAAGCUUGCUGGAGCUUCAUUUGGAUGGAACCAGCAUUGAGGAAUUGCCUCCAUCAAUUGAACAUUUGACUGCUCUUACCAUGUUGAAUCUAUCAAACUGUGGGAACCUUUUGCAUCUUCCUGACACCAUUGGGUGCUUGAAAUCGUUAAAAAGUCUAUCUCUAAAAGGUUGCUCCAAAAUUGAUGAGAUACCUGAGAAUCUGAAUGAUAUGAAAUGUCUGGAGAAGCUUUUCAUUGGUGAAACUUCCAUAAGAGAGUUAUCUAUCAUCGGAGGCAUGAAGAAUCUACAGUAUCUUUCCUGCAGAGGAUGUAAAUGUCUAGUUUUAGAAUCAUACAAAAGUCUGGCUUUGUUAUCAAGUUUGAUAGAGCUAGAUCUGAGUUAUUGCGAUCUGAUGGAUGGAGCAUUUCUCAAUGGUUUUAGCAGCCUGAUCUCCUUACGAGUGUUAGAACUAGGUGGUAAUUGUUUCGUGCGAUUACCUGAAAGUAUCUCUCAGCUCUCAAAGCUCGAGACUCUGGACUUGAGUGGUUGCAGACAGCUUCAAUUGCUGCCCAAUAAGUUUCCGUUAAGUCUUGAUCACGUGUAUGCACACAAUUGUACUUCACUGAGAGAUUACCCAAAUCAAAUCAAAGUAUUGUAUUCAUCAGAGUCAGGUGUGACUAUGGUCAAUUCCCUCGAUUCUUCAGCACCUAGAGUCUCACAAAGUUCCACAAGCUUUACUUUUCCAAGAAAUGCGGGGGAAUCAUUACAACUGCUUGUGACACAUAAGCAUACAGAGGGGAAACAAGUUGAUCAUGUGCCACUGACAAAUUUGAAUCAAGUGACAAAUUUUGCACCAGAUUUCUACAGCGCAAAUAUUAGCGAUCAAAUUCCAGAGUGGUUCAGCACUAUAUCUACUAGAAAUCCCAUAUCGAUCCCGAUAGCUCAAAAUCUGGCGGAUGAUAACAAGUGGAAGGGAUUUGCGGCGUGUGCUAUAUUUGCAGUCAAGGGGCAUACUGAACUCUCCCAUAUUGAACCAGAUCCUGAUUUUUCUAAUUACUCGUAUCAAAUCAUAUUGGAAACUGAUGUUCUGCGUCUGGAACAACAUGUGUUGAAACUGGAUUCAGGUCACUUUGGAUCAAGUUCUCAUCUGCUUGUGAUGUUCUGUAUAUCUAGUUUGAGGUUUCCACAGUGGGGGUUAAAUCAAUCCACUGUGGUGAGGGCUAUAUUCGAAACCACCAAUCCAUCCAUGGUGGUCCAGAAAUGUGGAAUUCGCCUAGUCUAUGAGAAAGAUGAUGGAUGGUAUUCCAGAAUAUCCGGGUGGAAGGAUGAGCCAAUUUGGCUUAAUCAAGUUGAAUUCGACUCUGUACGGGAAUCUGACUGGCUUAGGCAAUCUUUGAAACGGGAGAAGUUCAUUCCACCCUUUGAAGAAGAAUCUACACUUGUGCUGCGAAAGAACCUCGAGUCUGUUCUUCCAAGAUACCUUGAGGCAUUGAACAGUUAUUCUAAAAUAUACAAAUUUAACCUCAGAGGAAGUCCAGGGUGGUUUCACAAGUGGUUUACCCAUGGUACUGGUAGGAGGUCAAACUUGACCAGAGCGUUAAUUGAGCUGCCUCUGAAACUACAUAAGAAUAAGAAGUGGAUGGGAUUUGCAAUAUUUGCAUCACUUGUGGAGGAGGUGGGGCAGACAAAGAAAGAGGAUGACUAUGGUGUAUCAUUUACGCUGACAACUUGUGAUGUAUCUGCUCCAGUGUGCAGAGAACUUAAGCACGUCCGGCCAUUGUCAGAAGAACAUCAUCAACUCUUGGUUGCUUACAUACCGCGGGGACAGAUACCCGAAGAGUUGCUCAUUCAGACAUUAACAACUGCAAUGGAAUUUGACAUCAGGAUCGAUAGCCCUCAUGUAAAGAGGGAAAAUUCUCUUGAAUCUCACAAUAUGUUGGUGGUAGAAGAAUGGAUGCAGUUGUUACGAUUACAAGGUGCCUAUUUCGAGAGAAGGAAAGAACGGAAAAAACAACUUGAGUUGCACUCACAUAUACCUAUAUAUAGAAAUUGGGAAUGGUCUGACCCUCGUUGUGUAUAUUGUGUCUUUGAGAGAGUUGAAAUCUCCAAGUUGAAAUGGUUCAUGUCUUUCAUCAACCAAGGCAACUCUGCAGAAAUCCAACUGCCUCAGAAUUUGUUUGAUGAUGAUAAUUGGUUGGGUUUUGCUGUAUGUUUCCAGUUGUCCCCCGGCCAAUAUCCAAACAUUAGUCUUGGCAGUAGCGCUCCUGAUUCAGAGGAUGUUGUACUUAGUUACUGUCUGGAUUCUGAUGUUGCUUGGAAGAGUUUAUUUGAUUUCAAAAUGAAUCUAAGUUUAAAGAUUCGAGAGCCAUCGACAUGCGAUAUGACUUGGAUCCAUCACAUACCACGCGCUAAAUGUCGUAGUAAUAUGUGGAGGCAAUGCAAAUUGGCCAGGAUAACUAUCUGGUUGUCUAACCCAUGCUUAGCGGUGCAUAAUUGUGCCCUUCGUCUGCUAUUGAAGGAGGACGUUGAACAUCUUCUAGAAACUCUGACCCUCGCCGAAUCACCUUGAACAUCCCCGAGCUUCUGCUGCUCGGUCAUGGAGAAAGGACGCACAGAAGGCAAAGGUCUACAAGCAAGAGCUUCCUAAUGGAGAACGAGAUAAAAACGUUUUGUGAUAUUUUAUUAAGCUGAAUCAUUUUUGGUGCUCAAUUUGCGACAAUUUCCUUUCUGAUUGUCCUGGUGUGCUCCUGUAUUGUGAGAAGUAAAUGUUCAACUUAUUUGAAUCAAACUGAAAAUUAUAUAGAAUUGCGUGUUGGGAUUUUGGGUAGAGAAAGUUGUUCAUAAACACUAGUUGUAAGGUUCUCCACAUUGAUCAUAAUGAUUUAUCUUGCAAGUUCCAACUAUAAAUCUUCGUGUUUGCAAUUUGUUCAUUAGUUGCUUUAUAUGAAUACCUUGUUUGUUACGCUUCCGCAACUCGUGGUAGAAGGGCAUCAAAUUCCUCCUGCCUAGCUUGUUCGAUUUCUAGCUCAGCUACACAAGUAAAGCCAGAGUAGAGCUUUUGAUGGACACUAUAGCAAAGUAGCGCCAUCAAAAGGUUUUCUUCUUGACUAUCCCAGCUUUGGACCUGGUGAUCAUUUGAUGUGUACCUGCAUUAGCAGAAUGACGUGAUAACACAAGUUGAACAUUCUGCACAUUUGCGACGUAUUCUUUAGUCUCAUGAAGUCUAAUUGAGGUAGAGUACUGUUGGAUAGGAAAAAUGGCCUCCAGUUGUCCAGGGUAAGGACAAGCAACACAGUUACGUAGCCAUACAAAUAUUGCCCCAGUAUUUCUCAAAAUUUACAAACAAGACUCAAAAGGAGUAGCAGACUUAUAGAAUUGAAGAGGAAGGAGUAUGUGUGAGGGACAGAGAGGAGGAAGAGAUUGUGAGUGUAGACUGUAGAGAAUCGAUCAGAGUGAUCGGCUGUGGUGAGAUCCAGAGACUACAAUGUACAAUUCAAGCUUAAACCCAGAAUCAAAACCAUGAAAGCUGAAAUGCGAAACCAGCAUG